AAUGUCAGAAUAACUUCCGUCGCGAAAAGAACCGUCGAUAAGGUCACUCGCUGUCAUUUUCGCGGAUACCGAGUGCGCUAUUUUCGAAGUAGCUAAUUACGCGGGGGUGGUGAAAACUGAAGGUGACUCUCGUUUCUAACUACGGAAUUCUUCAAGAAUCUGCAUCCGACCGUCAUCAAAACAAUAUCUUUAACUCUCAACUGCGCAAUCGUUCCCCAUUUUCACAAAUCAAACAAAACCGACAUUGCCGACUUUUUUCAAGAAACGUUCGUUAAAGUUUUAAUCUAAAAAUAAACGUUGUCACACGUCCCCGAAGCGAGCGAGAAAGGACAUCCAAUUAAAAUCGAAUCGCUAAUGAAAGAGAGAGAGAGAACAACACGUAAUUAGAAAAACAAGUUGCAGAAAGAAAGCACAGGAUGGAAAAUAUGGAAAAUGUGGAAAGUAUUCACAGGCGCACAUCUGCGGCAUGCCACCGGACCGACUGACUGUGAUUUUUCAUCAUAUUUUGCACUUUCGACGCGCAUUCAACUUGGAAAAACCAAGCUGCAUGCUUUUUUAAAUCAACGCGUAUCAAUUUAUCAAAAGCACCGCACUCAAAAAGUCACACGCUGAGUUUACAUUUUGUGUAUCAUCGAAAAAUCUCAGAAUAGAAAAUAAAUCAAAGAAACGUAUGGUUAUAGAAGACGUUGACAUAUUAUGCUUGUGUUUACGGUGAUAUAUUGAACACUUUUGAGUUUAGUGACAUUAGUGUGUGAUAACAUGAAUCCUUCUCAGCUAUUUUCAAUAGCAUUUAAUUAUUAAAUUAUGAGAAAUAUGGUAAGAAAUAGAUUUUCUAAAUUUAAAGACGGAAUUCAGGAAAUAUAACAAGUAACGCACAAAUCUAAAAAAUUUAAGUCGCAGUUGCAAAAUGAUAAUAACCAUUUUAUAAAAUGCUUCUAUCAUACAUUAUUUGAUUCCCAAAGAAGAUAUUCGGAAAAUAAUAAUUCAUCGUCAAACUAACUCGUUGUUCUUGUUUCGCAACAUGUCUGUUGAUGUAGAACUGACUCUAGAUUCUUAAAAAUGCACUUGGGGAGUGAAGUUUCAUCAACAACUGGUCAUUAUGACCGAAACUACGGUAACCUAACGGCUGAAAUGCUGGCUGAAAGAACCAUAGAUGGCCUUCUUGCGGAACACCCAGGUGAAUUGGUGAGAACUGGUUCCCCGCAUGUCGUGUGCAGUGUUUUGCCUCCACACUGGAGGUCAAAUAAGACAUUACCUCUUGCUUUCAAAGUAGUAGCAUUAGGGGAUGUUGGGGAUGGGACAAUAGUGACAGUGAAGGCUGGUAAUGAUGAAAACUAUUGUGCGGAGUUAAGGAACUGUACUGCUGUGAUGAAAAAUCAAGUAGCCAAAUUUAACGAUCUUCGGUUUGUUGGAAGGAGUGGCAGAGGAAAAAGUUUCACUUUGACUAUUAUCGUCUCCACAACACCUCCACAAGUUGCUACUUACAAUAAAGCCAUCAAAGUGACCGUUGAUGGACCAAGGGAACCAAGGUCAAAAACCAGGCAACAAGGAUUCCAUCAUUUCCCUUUUGGUCCUCGACCUUUCGCAUCAGAUCAUCUUACUGGUAGCUUACCAUUCAAGCUCAGUGGUAUUGCUCACCACUUAGCAGGAUUACCUGGCCCACCACCAGAAUGGGCUUUAUUGGGCGGAAGACAUACAUACCCCCAUGGAACUUUCAUGGGCCAUCAUCAUACUCAUUUCCCUCACCAUAUGUUUGCUGCUUUAGACCGUCCAGCUACGUCGCCUAGGAUAGCAAACGAACCGUCUUCAACGUCACUAGGUCCUAUAUCAAUAAGUUGCAGUAGUGCCCACAGUACAACGUCGCCAAAGACAUCUCCUAGUAGCCAGGUUAGAUUGCUCGCUACAACAGGUGAUCCACAAUCUCCCCAAGAAGAUGAUAUAUCCGUUACGGCUUCUCCAACUCCUUCUCCGCAACCAACUCCUGCGUUUCCUGGUAUACCUCCACCUCAAAUGCAAAAUAAUCAACUAUUCAAUAAUGCUUUAGCCGCCAGCUUGUUCCUGAAUACUCCACUCAUACCUCCUCCUGGACAAUGGUUCUAUUCCCAGCUGUAUCCUCAUGAUUGGAAUUGGAUGACUUUCAGAAAUAACCAAUUGAUGGCAAGAAAUUCACCCGAAGAAGAGACGUCUCAAAAUCCAGAUAGUUCUAGCGAAAAGUUAGAUGUUACGGAAAUUGAAGAAGAUGUUGAUGAUAAAGAUAACAAAAAUUCGGUAAAAGAACUAUCCAGCACUAUAGAAAAAGAUACAAAAGAAACGUUAAAAAAUUUAAACAAAGAAGUAAAUAAGGAUAAUAAACAUUGUGAGGGUGUUAAUUUAAGUGUCAAAGUUAGAAAAGCAGCUGUAACAUUAGUAAAGCAAAAGGAUGAAGUGAGUUCUAGUGAUAAAGACAAUAAUAAAUAUUCCAAAGAGAAUAAUAGGCAUGUGUGGAGACCCUAUUAAUAACAGAUUUGUUCAUAAACAAUAUGUAAAUUUGAGUUGUUAUUAUGCAUAAACCGAAUGUUCAACUGAUUAAUUUUCUAGUGAAAUACGUUACAAAGAUGAAAAUGAGGCUCCUAAACUGGAUAUAUGUAUCUAGUUAUUUUAAUUUUAUUUUAUUUUGGAUGGCUAUUAUUACAACAACACUUACAAUUGAGUGCGUUUAUAAUGUUACGUUAACUUUAUUGUGAACAUAUUAUUGUUAAAAUAAAAAUAAAAUGGCAUCAGAAUUUGUAAUCGACAAUCACCAAAUUGUGAAAGGUUAAAAAAAGUAUGUCGACAUUACAAGAUUAUCAAUAAAAUUAAAUACUUUCCAAAUAUCCGGUUCAAAAUUAUAGCACUAGAACCUUUUUCUAAUACUGAUAAGAAUCAAGCAUAAACAAUCUUAAAUAUUAUGUUUCAAUCUUCACAAUCCAAAUAGAACUGAGGAGUUUACCUGAUAAUGUUAUAUAAUAUUUUAGGUAAGUGAAAUUUGAACUAAUAUACGUUAUUGAACCAAUUUCAAAACACUUAACGUCAAUUUUCCUUAUUUUUAUUCCAAAAGUCAAGUAAAAAAGUUUGAUGCGUGUACCAUAUAGGGUUUUUUGGACGAAUUUUCCGGCAAUUUCGGUCGCUUCUGGCAAGGCUUUUCCGACCUGCAAAACUUCUGGCGUUAUUACAGCGUUGUUAUUUGAAUUUGGGCCCCACGAUCCAAGAUUUUUCACUCGUGUACCAUAUGAGGUUUUCCAGCCCAUUUUUUCGCCUGGGAAAACCAGCAGGCAUUUUCAUAUCCGACUUGUACAGAGGGCCAGAAAUACCGUUUGGUGAUAUACUAAUUACGGGCCCUCCGUUUCCAAACUCAAAUGUCGUGGACCUUACCGAUGCUGUUUUAUGUAGCCAGGUCCCUGACUAUUAGAACCAGACUAAUGAUCCUGGUGAACAAACUGCAACUUGGCGAGUUUAUGAUACGACGCUGUUAUCAACAAUAACUGACGCAUGAUGUCUUACCUUUGCUAAUAUCUAUACAUUACGCACUUAAGUUUUCACAAUUGUAUAGAAACAUUGUAUAGAAACUGCAGCAAUUAUUUUUCAUUCAGUUCUUUUUAAAAUUUUCGGUUUUGAGCCGCCUUUCUCUAUGUGGUCUUUGCUGAUCGAUACUUUUAAAUAGUUCGAACUAACUAUCCAAUUCUUCGAGCGCUUUCUAUUCGCGAGUCAGCCCUUUUCGAGUAACUGCAGUUUUAUCUUUUCUUAUAAUAACAACUUCUAUACACCACUUUCAAAGUGAGUAUUAUAAGGCUGUGUCAACUCGCAGUAAAUCCUCCUAAAAUUGAACAAAAAGCAAAGAAUCAAGAAUAUUCAAAAUGGAUCCGAAUGUCUUUAGUUUUCACUACACUUUUAAUAAUUUCACUUGUAUGUGAUAUGUAUUUUGGCCUUGACGUUGUCCUUCUUUGAGUGAUAAGAUCUACUUUGAACUUUGCACACUUGCCAAAGACUGACAAUAAUGCAAUAAUUCGAUCGAAAUAUCUGAUUAUUCUGAUUAGACUUGUCGAGAUACAUAAAUAAAAUUUUGUAUCUUCACAUGACAGUGAGCAAGAUAGAACUAAAGGGCGAACUACGUAGUCCCAGACUUACAAAAUCGAGAUGGAACCAUCAACACAUUUGUACAUAUUGAAGACGUGUUUGAUAAGAAAAACUGAAUUGGGAAGGAAAAAAUAAAACAAGGAGCAAUAAGCUUUGAGUGGUAGUGAUAGUAAUAAAUUAUGGUUUGAAGAAAAAUAAGAAACACGCUUUUAGCAAUAAGCAAAUCAAAAA